AUGAAAAAAAAGUAUGGAGCAGCAGUUGCACCCGUAUUCGUUCUUGCUGGUGCCUAUGUCGGUUGGAGCUACAUAAAUCGUCGUUUAUGGAAAAAGAAAGAUGAUAACAGUGGUCGAGAUAGCCCCGGUAAAAGCUUUGUAGAACAAAAAAGAGAUAACAAUGUCAAAAACAUUAGUAAGGAGGCUUCUUCAGAAAGAAGAGGAAGAGAUCAUAAAACAUUCUCAAGAUCUGUUUCAAUGGGGGCUAUCCGAGGAGGAAAAUUGGCAUUGCAAAGAUUACUUGAUUUGCACUCAUAUCGCGUUGAUACUUCUUCCCUUGCAAAUGCUGAGAUGGAAUUUGAAUCAUUGCUUUCCAAGGAAACCCCAGAUUUUGGGUUGCUUCAGAGAGACAUUGUGAAGAUGGAAAUGAGUGGAAAAGAAGCAAAAGGAGUGGAGAUAUUGAAGAGAGCAUUGGAGAAAGCAAGAGGAGAAGAGAAAGGUCAUGAGGCCUAUGAGAUUGAGAUGUUGCUUGUCGAGAUGUUGAUCUACUUGGGAAACAUUGAAGAGGCUUCAAAAUGUAAGUGUUUAGAGGAUGAAAUCAUAACAGAUGCAAGACGUCCUCUUUACCAGACUAUAAUCCAUUACCUCCGAGGAGAUCCUGAGAAGCAAGUCGAGGAGACAUUCAACAGAUUCAGAGAGAUUCAAAUUGGCCUACAAUGGCCUGGAAGUGCAGAACAAUGUGAGAUUCAAGAAGUCACAUUACAUGAGUUCAAGAAAGUAAUGGAGUCUCUCAAGCAAGAAAUCCAAGACAGCAAUAAAAGACACAUCGCAAACUCAACUCCACGUUAG